AUUGUUGCCCGCGCGUUUGCAGAAAGUGGGAGCGCUCUCUUCUCACCCGUCGCGGAUGGUGGCGUGCUCUUCUUCACCAGGCUUCGAUCCUCGAAAGGAAUAGCUCCCAAGUUGUCGUGGUUUUUGUUGCAUCAGGUUCCGUUUAGUGUUUGGGACGUCUGCGCGGGUUGAGUGAUGAACUUGUGCACGAUCUACUACUGUGCGUGAUUCUGGUGCUUUCAACGGUUCCGGCUGCUGUUAUCUGCGCCGCUGGUCGUCAGACGCCGUGGACUCGUAACUAUAAUACCGACCGCCACGGAAUCCUGAAAACCUACUGCAGCUACAUUCAUGGAGUCCUCACAUAGGACAGCAAACUCUUCAUGCCGCUGGACGUGCAUUCGAUCGGGAUUCUGCAAGCAGCGGCGACAGAGCCAUGCCUCCACUGCUUCGGCAAGAAAAUAUGGCCUGCUAAAGGCACUACAAUCCAAGCGUCAUAGGAGCACUCAUUGUUACAGGACAAUGUGUUUCUGGUGCCACGUCUUCCUCUGCGUACUGAGCACGGUGCCCUGCCUGGAGGCCAAGGAAGCCCCCGAGCGCUACCGCGAGCACGAGUACUUCCUGCGCAAGAUCUUUGACAAGUAUGGCCACAAUGGAGUCAUGAGCUUCGAAGGCUUUGAGCACCUGCUGGAGAACCUCGGGCUGGCGCAGAUCGUUUUCCAUGACCACGACCUCUCCCUGCACCGGCCAGAGGGUGCAACGGGCUUCGUGAACCAGCACCCGCACCACGACCACAGCGGGGCCGCCUUCAGAGGUCAGUCUGGCGACGAUGGAGAGGGCCACGAUCACGAGGACCAUCAUGGUCACAGCCACAACAAGCGCAGCGGGGAUGCACCCGACGCAACAGAAAACGAUGUGGCCUCCAGGGUGGGAAGAGGCGUACCUAGUCAAGAGCCAUCAGUCAAGGCAUCUUUCAAUGCUACAGGUCUUGUGGAUGUACCAAACCCUACUCAAAAGGCUACUAGCAUCACCUUUGAAAAGUGCCUAACUGCUACGGAAAUACUGCACACUUUCGACAUUAGCCCCGAGAAGAGCUCUAUCAACCUUGAGAGCUUUCGGUACCUCUGCCCAGCCAUUAUUUACCAGCUUGACCAGAAGCACUGCUCUACACCUGUUUCCAGCAAGCACAUUCAUCAUCAUAGCGAUGGUGAGGGAGUCACAGUGGAUUUUAAAGUCUGGAUGUACGCCUUCCUCGGAGUGCUGGCCAUCAGCCUGUGUGGCCUGGUGAGCGUGGCCAUUGUGCCACUCAUGAAGAAAGUGUUCUACCAGACACUCAUACAGUUCCUGGUUGGGCUGGCCAUCGGCAGUCUCACGGGAGACGCUAUGCUUCACCUGCUGCCCCACGCGAUGUCGGGCCACCAUGAUCACUCCGAGGAAGGAGAGGGGGAGGAGUUUGUGUGGCACGGGCUCGCUGCUCUCGGCGGCAUUUACGUGUUCCUCAUUGUGGAGCGCUUCCUCUCCAUUCACUCCAACCACAAGCACCGCAAGCACAGUCCAAAGUCUAGCAACAGCAUCCAGUCAACCCACACACCAAAGAGGCUACGAAGCGCAGUGCAGGAGGAGCACAGCCGGGCAAUGGAUGAGAAGCUUUCCCAUCACAAGCGGGGAUCCUACAGUUUUAUGGACCCCUCGGGAAUGGAAGCCCUUGAGCACUUGACAGCCGUCCCAGCGGAAGAGCUGGAGCUGUCACCACUCGGUGACAAUGGUGGCGGAAACGGCUACAUGGAGAUCGUGGACUUGAAAGACCAUGACCACCAUUUGCAUGCCGGUGACGGUGAUGCCCCACUCCAGCCAGACAAGAGCCAGGACCUGGUGGUGAUUGUGAAAAAUGGGGGCUCCAAGAUGGCCGCCGGCAGGUGCCCCCCCUCGCCUCCGACCCCCGAGGAGGACAGCAGCCACCGGCACCCGCUGUGCCAUGGGUCACGGGACCCCGGCACGGAGGAGUGCCACACGGAGACGCUGGUGUUCCGGCAGACAGGCGAGGAGCACAGCUUCACCCUGACGGUGGCUGACCACCACCACCACCACCACCACCACGGGCACAGCCACGAGGUGCCCUCCACAGUGGCGGCCAUGGCCUGGAUGGUGAUCAUCGGGGAUGGCCUACACAACUUCUCGGAUGGGCUGGCCAUCGGUGCUUCGUUUGCAUCGGGUCUUUCCGGAGGCCUCAGCACAACUAUAGCCGUCUUUUGCCACGAACUCCCACAUGAGCUAGGAGACUUUGCCGUCCUCCUGAAGGCAGGCAUGUCGGUGAAGCAGGCCAUGCUCUACAACAUCCUCUCGUCCAUCCUGUGCCUCGUGGGAAUGGCCAUCGGCAUCUCCCUGGGCAACAUCCAUUCAGCUUCAUCGUGGAUUUUUGCCGGCGUGGGUGGCAUGUUUCUAUACAUUGCCCUCGUGGAUAUGCUUCCCGAACUGUCUGUGAACCCGAGCCACAGCAACUCCAGAGCGGUGCAUCAACUUGGAAUACAGCUACUGGGCAUCUCUCUAGGCAUCAGCACCAUGUUUGUCAUUGCCCUCUAUGAACGAGACCUUCAAGGGCUCAUGAGCUCGUAGCACUUAUGAGCUAUACUCCGUCGCAGAUUUUUACCUUCUUAAUGUGCGAAAAGACAUCUUUUUCUUUUUCGUGUUGUGGUGCAUAGGCAGGCAGGGGAACCGGCCGGAGCCCUUCCUAGAUGGCUGGUCCCACAUACACACCGAUGUGCCUCCUAAUUUUCCCACAUGUCAGUUUUUGUUGUUGUUUUUUUCUCUUUAUUUUGGUUGUUCUUUUGCAAACAUGUCUGCUAAAGAAAACUCCCAAGCAAAACUUUCUGGAAAUACUACCACAUUUAUAUGUUACCUCCUUAAUUUAUGCUUGGUUUUACCUUGAUGUCUGCCUGAGCUACUACUUUACUCCUGUGUGGCAAUCUGGGCAAUCACGCCCUCCAUGUGCUCUUGAUGAAAUUAUCAUGUUUCCUAAUGCUUGCAACACCUUUUUUGCUUCAACUCCAUGUUGGAUAGUCUUUUCCUGGCUGUUCAGAUUUCACUGAGCUUUUAUCCAGACUUUCUAGUUUUCUUUCGUGUGCAUGUUUGGACCAAAUGUCAAGGAGCCAUUGGCCAUUUUAUGAGGUGUUGAUGCUUGUUCCUGAUGCGUUUUUGUGGCCCGGCGUUCGGACGCCACUACAUUGUUUCCACGUUAGCUUCAUUUUCUUGCAUAUUUUAUUUUUGAACACUAGGUUACACAAUUGUUGCUCAAAUUGAGCAACCUAUUAUAUAUAAAACAUUUUGAAAAUAAAAUUUUGAAGGUGCUUGAA